UCACGAUAACAUCGAAGUGUGGUGGUUUUUUAUGAGCUUCAUUGGGCAGAAGGCUCCCCGAUUGACCAUGGCUAUGCUCUUCUGAGCCAGAUUGAGCUGUCAUAAGAGGCGGGUACACUGGCUUUGUCUAGAGGAGAAACUUUUGCUUCUUAGUUAUGUACGUACAUCUCUUUUCAUUAGUUGUAUCAUCAGGAUGGCUGUGUUUCAUAUGUUUCAGUCUGGUCAUUCGAUUAGUGUCUUAGGUUUGCUAAUAUGACUGCUCUUUCUUCUCUGUCCACCAUGAUUCUUGUUUCACUGCAUGUGGAGCCAGCUGUUCAUCAGAAUGAGCUACAUUGCCAAAGGUUUAGGGAAUCCCGACUUGUCUUCAGCAAUGCGGACGACAAUGUUCAACUGUUGCAGCGCCUCGUAUCUAACAACGUGGACAAUUUGCUAACUUGAUAUCAAACAUCGAACCAGGCAUAAUUUAUUGACUCUCAUUGGAUUUUAGUUAAGGGCAGAAUCUCAGCGUCGCUCGCAGCGCUUCUCGUUCCUUAGAUGGCGGACAAAAUGUCGAAUCCGAACAUUGUCUUCCAUUUCAAUCCUGACUUGCAGGCUGAGUGGAUCUAGGAGAGAGCCUGUGACCUUCAAUGGAUGAACAAUGUUUUACAUCACAGACACUGUUAAGUGGGAAACAUUGCCACGAAGACAUGCAGAUGGCGAACGAUGACUCUGGAAAACAAUUUUCUUGUUCAUGGGAGAGCCAAUACAAUGAUAUUAACUUCCACUAUAAUUAGCUGAAUCUAACUUGGGCCCAACUUGAGAUUGAUCAAUGAGCAGCUCCUUGCAGAGGCAUUUCUGGUCUAGAUCGAUUAAUGAAGUAUGAGGGGAACAAUUUGCUCAGUUAUUCUCAUGGGCGUUAAUAGAAUUCAUGCCUUCACUCUCUCAUUCAUUCCAACACCUGCGUGCAUUUGUAAUCACGGACCUCGCGUCGCAAGAACUUCUGGAUUUGAGGAAUGGAACCAAUUCUGAGUGUUUGGACUGUUACCAUAUCCAUGAGUUUUUCAGCAAGGCCGUAAUCUACUGAAAAUUUCCUACGGAAAAGACUGAGGAGACCCACAUUCCAGCUCUUACAGCGAAGAAGGUCAUUACUAGAGUUGCUUAAUCAGUAGGUCCAACAUCCACUCCGCCAGACUCAGAGAAAAGAAUGUCAAAAGAAAAAGGACCCCAACGCCGCAAUAAAGAACCCAAUCAAAUGCAAAGAGAUGAGUAGAAAAAGGCAGUUCAUUGUGUCUUUGCCAGGUCGUGGAUACUCCUCGCAAGAAAGCUGAUGUGUGCGAUAUUUGGAGAUAUUCCUACAAAAAGGUUUUGCACUGUGGCACAGUCGCUGCCCGCUGCUCAACGUCUGCCCAAUGGCCUUGGAGCAAGGGCAGCGUCAGAAGAAUCCUAGCUCCUCCAAUUUCAAGAGCGAGAAUUGGAAGAAUCCUAUCCUGUGCACCAACACUAUCUCGAAUCCGAUUGCAAUCAACUGCAUCUGACGAGCCAGGCAACGUCUAAUUGGCGAGGUGCAUUCGGAACUGAUCGUGAGCGCCCUGCUGGCUUGUUGAUGAUUCGUUUAACAGUGACAGGGUUUUAAGAGGAUAGUUGUCCCCAUAUCAGCAGCUUCACCACCUUACUGCAAUUUGUUUGCCAUUUUUCCACUUUUGACCACAAAUCCAUGUCGCGGAGCCUUCGCAAGUUCCACCUGCUACGGGUUUCGCUUUUAUUUUCGCCAACGGUUUUAAGGUUGCCGUUGUUUGAUUGUUAGUGGUGAGUGCGUAAUUUUCGACUGGAGGGAGUGAUCAGGCUUUGGCGAUGGCGACAUUGCCGCCGGCUUGGUGUGUGCUUCCUUCGGACAGCAGAGCAGCAACGGCAGCAGUGGGACAUAGAGAGCAGGAUGGAAAUGCCGCGUCGUGUAGCGGGAGGAGGGAUGGCGGGGUAAAGAGUGCAGCGAGGUUGACGAAGGCUGUCCGGCGGAGGAGACUGCCUGCGAGGAUGAGAUUAUCGUCGCCGUGGUUAAGGUCGUAUGCGUUUGGAUCACUGCCUGCAGGCCCUACCAACAGAGCUGCGCACAACCGAACCCUGGAAGUGGAUAAUGUUUUAUUCUCUGAAAGCUGGUCUGGUAGUGAGGGAAAUACUUUUUGUGGACCAGGUGAUGAAGCGAUGGUAUUGGCAUUAGCCGCUGUGAAAGCUGCGAGGGAUGCAGCAUCUUACAAAAAUGCAAUGGAUGUGAAGAAGAGAGAGUUUCAGUUGGAGUUUGACACGCCGAGUCUAGAGAGGGCCAGCUUGAAUAAUAUGGAGAAUUCAUUUCGGAUAGGUUGUGAUGCUGAGGCUGCAAUGCUAACGGCAGAGCAGAAGUAUGUUCAGAAGUUAGAAUUGCUAAUAGAGGGUGCAUCUACUUCUGCCAAGAGCAAAGCAUCGCCAAGAAGAGAUGAAGAAUCUGCAGUUGGGUUGCCUCGAUCAAGGAAUGUUGCGGUGAAAUCGAAUCGUAAGAACGAAAGAUUUAGAAAGAGGGAACGAGCGUUGGAAAAGGCAGGGAAGGUUGCAUUUGCUCUUGCGUCCUCACCCCCUGUACCGAAGGCAGAUAAAUCCCUUAUCAAGCAUCGCCUUUCAGACCCAAUUUGCUCAUAUUUACGAGACGUAAAAAAUAAUACUCUGAAACUAGAAAAAGUAAGAGCUGAACUUCAGCGAGACAUGGGAAGAGAGCCCACCAGGAGUGAGUGGAGUCUAGCUGUUGGAAUGAACCAGACUCUGUUUGAAUUGCGAAUUAAGGAGGGUCAAUGUGCGAAAGAUAAGCUUGUGAACUCAAAUUUGCGGUUGGUUGUGUCUAUUGUCAAGAACUAUCAAGGCCGUGGCAUGACCCUUCCAGAUUUAAUUCAGAGAGGAAGUUUGGGCUUGAUAAGGGGAGCAGAGAAAUUUGAUCCAGAAAUGGGGUUUAAAUUCAGUACUUAUGCGACUUGGUGGAUUAGGCAGGCUGUGACGCGCUCAAUUACAGAUCAGUCCAGGAUCAUUCGUCUGCCAGUUCACAUUUACGAAGUCAUCUCACGUAUCAACAAAUCUAGGAUGAUGAUAGCCGAGGACCAAGGGCGACAGGCACGUGACGAAGAAGUGGCAACAGCAGUUGGGAUAAGUGUGGAAAAAUUGGAUUUCAUAUUAAAAUCGGCUAGACUCCCAGCUUCAAUGGAUCAACUCAUUGGGAGGGAUAAAGAUCUACCGUUAUGGGAAAUGGUUGCUGACAAAGGCUUCAAUUCAGCAGACGAUUUUCUGACGAAUGAAGUGCUGAAGCAAGAUAUCGACGGUGUUCUACAAACCCUGUCUCCAACAGAGAGGGAGGUUCUCAGACUUCGCUUCGGAUUAGAUGAUGCUCAGUCGAUGACUUUGAAAGACAUAGGCAUCUUUUUUAAAGUGACGCGCGAAAGGAUAAGACAAAUCGAGGUGAGAGCAUUGCGCAAGUUGAGACACCCAACUCGGAGAAAUAUUUUGCAGGGGCACGUGAAAAAUUACCAAUGAAUUGUUAGUUGAGUAGUUGUAAAUAAUUAACAUUGCAACAAUACUGUCAGCACUUUUGUGAGGUGAAAGUUUCUACAGAAGAUGAUGUACUGUAGAAGCUGUGUGUUUGAUUUGUGUCUCAGUGAAACAUGGGUAGAGUCGCCUAUGACGUGAAUUGAAAGCGGUACAAUAUUGGAGCUGUCCAAACACACUGCAGCUAGAGUUCCAUAUCUAGGUAGAAUAUUGUACAAUGACCGUUACGAUUAAACGUAAUCAAGAAAUUUUCAGCGACCGUUGUAAUUUA